GAGCAAAUUAAGUCAAGAAAUGAACUCAUUUACAUUUUUCACUCAUCUGUUCAGCUCAUCGCAAACUCGCAACAAGCCCCAACUCAUCUCCCUCUAGAGUUUGAAAUUUAUAAUUCUAUAUGAAUUCCUUGUAUCGUCUUCAAAUUCCAAAACAAAUUCUAUACUCCAGAGUUUCUGUGUUGAAUCGCCAUCUCCAAAACAAAACCAGGUCUUUUUCUUGUUCAGAUUCAAGCCCUACAAUCCAUGUCCCAGGCAUUAUCGACAUUGCCAGGGUUUCUCAGCUCAUAACACUCCAACACUGGUCCAAUCUCAAAACCCUAAUCAAAGAAACAACCCCAAAUCGCCUCCUUCAAAUACUAUUUGAUUCGGGGGCUGAUUCGAAGGUCGUUCUCGGGUACUUCAAGUGGUCCGAGAGAGAAUUUAGGGUUUCACACAGCCUCGAACACAGUUGCAGGCUCUUGCAUCUGUUGGCAAAUGCGAAAAAGUAUCCACAAAUCAGAGCUUUAUUGUAUGAUUUUGUCAAGUAUGGUACACACAGUACACACUCCGUUUCUUCGAUUUUUCACGCACUUACCUUAUCAAGUGAUCAAUUUUGUGCUAAUUCUAUUGUUGUUGAUAUGCUGAUACUGACAUAUGUUAAUAAUUUGAAAACGGAUUUGGCAUUUGAAGCUUUUGAGAGAGCUGGGGAUUAUGGGUUUAAGUUAUCGGUGUUGUCGUGUAAUCCCUUGUUGAGUUCUUUGGUUAAGGAAAGUAAAAAUGGGGUUGCGGAGUUUGUGUAUAAGCAGAUGAUUAGGAGGAGGAUUGAGCUUAAUGCGAUCACAUUUAAUACUGUCAUUAAUGGGUUGUGCAAGGAGGGGAAGUUGCAGAAGGCAGGGGAUGUUGUUGAGGAUAUGGAGGUGAGAGGAUUUUUGCCUUCUGUAGUUACCUAUAACACACUUAUAGCUGCGUAUUGCAAGAGUGGUAGGGCAGGAAAAAUGUACAAAGCUGAUGCUCUUUUGAAGGAAAUGGUAUCCGAGAAAAUAUGCCCAAAUGAGAUUACUUAUAAUAUUCUCAUUGAUGGAUUCUGUAAGGAUGAAAAUGUGUCAGCAGCUAUGAAGGUGUUCGAGGAAAUGAAAAAGCAGGGCUUGAAACCUAAUGUUACCUGUUAUAAUUCAUUGAUCAAUGGAUUGUGUUGCGAGGGGAAACUUGAUGAAGCUCUCUGUUUGCGGGAUGAAAUGCUGGGUUCAGGUUUGAAGCCAAAUGUUGUUACUUACAAUGCCCUUAUCAAUGGGUUUUCUAAAAAGGAAAUGUUGAAGGAAGCUACCGGGAUGUUGGAUGAUAUCUGCAGACAAGGUCUGGCUCCCAACAUUAUAACGUUUAAUACUUUAAUCGAUGCUCACUGUAAGGCUGGAAGAAUGGAAGAAGCGAUUGCGCUGCGUGGUUUAAUGUUGGACAAAAUGGUCUGUCCCGGUGUUUCAACCUUUAACUGCUUAAUUGGUGGUUUUUUAAGGGAUGGAAACAUGGAAGCUGCUAGUAAGCUUCUAGAGGAAAUGGAGGAUAAGGGUUUAAAAGCCAAUCUUGUAACAUAUAACAUAAGGGUGGGUGCAUUGUGUGAAAAAGGGGAAUCAAGAAAGGCAGCUAGACUUCUGGAUGAGAUGUUUGAGAUGAGUUUGAGUCCCAGCCAUAUUACCUAUAAUACUUUGAUGGAAGGUUACUGUAAUGAAGGAAACCUGAGGGCAGCUUUGAAUGUGAGGAUAAAAAUGGAGAAAGAAGGGAGGCGGGCAAAUAUUGUAACAUAUAAUGUGUUGAUUAAGGGUUUCUGCAAGAAAGGUAAGCUGGAAGAAGCAAAUGGACUUCUUAAUGAGAUGUUGGAGAAGGGUUUGGUCCCUAAUCGAAAUACCUAUGACAUAGUUAAAGAAGAAAUGAUGGAGAGGGGAUUUGUUCCAGACAUAGAUGGGCAUCUGUAUAAUAGUUCUGCUACGUAAUAACCAAGAUAGGAGAAUUGGACUGGUGUGACGUAGAUUGUUCACUUUCUUCUGUUCUUCCUUCCUUAUUUUUGGUUGUCACGGGGCACUCAGAUUUGGAAAAUUGACUCAAUUUUUGCUGCACAAAAUACUUGAUUUCAAUUGGAGCUUCAUAUUGUAUCACAAGGAAUACAAAACAAAAGGUUGAAACCUUCCUUAGAGUUUGUUGUCCUUAUCUAAUUCAGACUUGGUGGGAAGCUGGGUAAUAGCAGUCAUUCUAUCUCUCUGAGAAGCAAGGUGGUGAAGAAAAAGAGGAUGGCAUAAAUGUUAUCUUUGUUUGAAAUGUUUGGAGUUUGUAUUGUGUUAGGGGGAGUAUGGUUUAUACUGAAUAUCAGUUGUAACAUUUCCUCUGCUACAUUGAUCAAAGGUACUUGAAUAGAUAUUUGCUUUCUUAA